CAGUUGCCUUGGCUUGAAGCUAGCGCAGUAGCUGUUACACAGUUAUAGUAGAUAUCUAUCAUAUAUAUAUACUAUAUCUAUAUUCGUAGUUGAUAUCAUGGUGCUCGUCCUGUUUGGCACGGAACUGAGUCCGGGCGUGCGCGCUGUGCUGCUCACGUUGCGCGCUCUGGAGUUGGAUCAUGAAUUUUUUCCCGUGGAUCUGUUUGCCGGGGAGCACUUGGAGCCGUAUUUCGUGCGCAAGAAUCCGCAGCGUACGGUGCCAGUGCUGCAGGAUAACGAGGCCUGCAUCUGGGACUCGCAUGCCAUCAUGGGCUAUCUGGUGGGCAAAUACGCAUUCACCGAUGCCCUGUAUCCACGUGAUCCUCUGAAGCGUGCCUUGGUCGAUCAACGUUUGCAUUUCGAUUCGGGCAUUUUGUUUGUGCUCUUCAAGCAGCUGCAGCACCUGAUCUUCCAGGAGCAGGUGGCCGAGCUGCCGAAGCCGCUAAUUGAACAGGUGCAUAAGGCCUACGAGCUGCUCGAACAGUUUCUGGACGGACGCAACUAUAUGGCCGGCCAGCUGGUGACCAUAGCGGACUUCAGCAUCGCAGCCACGCUCAGCACACUGCAUCUGAGCUAUGCGCCCGUCGAUGCUGUCGGGUAUCCCAAGUUGAGCGAAUGGCUGGCUCGAAUCUCCGGCUUGCCCUACUACGAGCAGGCGAAUCUGCGGGGCGCUCGCCAAAUGGCGGAACUGGUGCGCACCAAGCUGCCCAAACAGUUCGACAAGCUGUGGCUCAAGGCCUUCGAGGACAUCAAGAGCGGCGCGGGCAGGCAGCCACUAAAGUAAAUAACCACUAAAAUGAUGAUUUUUUAUGAUAUUUUUUUUGCCUAAUCUAA